AUGACCUGGUCUCGAACGAUUAUCAUCAGUCCUGGUGGAAUUACACCUGUAAUUAUCGUGAUUAACCCCGCGAUCUCACCUGUUCUCUCUGUCCCCCGCAGAGCCAGCCAGCUCGCGUCGCCGCAGGUGUCUUCGUCCCCGUCUCGCCAUGAGGACCGCGAGAGGAGGCGGCGUCGAAGGAGGAACUCCGGGGACCGCGACCGCGACUCCUCCGGCCGCAGGGAUGGGCGCUCCAAGGGCGGCCGCGACGAUCGGAGGGCGCUCCCCACAGACUAUCGGGGCGCCCUGGCCAAGUUCGCGCCCCCGGCCCCCCACGCCCUCCUCAAGAAGAUCGGCAGCAAGGACGUGCAGGGCCUCGGCAAGGUGCGCGUGGUGCUUCGCGUGUCCCCCGCCGUGACCCUCGCUGAGGGCGAAGCCGAGGUGGUGACCCUGGACAAGCGGCGGCGACAGGUGACCCUCGUUGACCCGCAGACGCGCCAGGCCCAGGAGUCCCGCGUGGGUGUGGCGGCCCCCAAGAUGUUCGCCUUCGACCAGGUCUACACACAGGAAGACUCACAGGUGAGACUCGUGCGUCGGAUGCUCUUGACGGGAAAGCUUUACCAUCGCACGAAACUUGAUUCUGGUUAUCGCGUUACUAUCUUCGCUAAUGUGACAGUAGGAUACGAAAGAAAUAUAAUGGGCUCAAACUCCGGCGGCAGUUCUGAAGGGUCGCACGGUAGAUCCUCAGGCGGUGACACUUCUGCAGGAUCUUCAUCCAUGGACUUCUCCUCCUCAGAGCAGUCAUGUGAUACAGUCAUUUACAUUGGUGGAGGAGGACCAGGAGAUGCAACAGACAAUGAGCAUCCUCCUGUGUUCAUGCCCCAUCACACCAACCAACAAAUGUGGCCCAUUGCCCGACUCCGGUCCAUGGAACACCUGCGCCCCCAUUCAGCAUCACCUACACCUGCACAUACGCGCCGUGCUGCCUCGGCAAGCCCGACGCCUACGUCACGAUCUGUUCCAAAUGGGCGGUCUCAUGUGAAACCUCUUCCUCCCCCAAGGACAGUCAGCAACACCAGCAGCCCGGCUAACAGUGGAAAGUCUCCAGGUGGAAACUUUAUUCGGCAUCAGCCAGGGGUCAGCAAGGUGUCAUACAACAAUAACACUGGACAGCAACCCCUCCUCUCCUCAUUCAAGCCACAGGUCACCCUUGGGCCCCUCGUCCCAGGCGAUCUCAGACAUUUUAACUAUAAUGCUUAUGAGGAGCCCAAUAACAUGGUUCCCAUAUUCCAGAGAUCUCGUCUACCUAUCCCUGCACACCAACUUCAGCAACAAAGACAGCUGCAACUUCAAAAUGCACAGCAACAGCAACAACAACAGCAGCAACAACAGCAACAGCAGUAUCAACAGUAUCAACAACAAUAUCAGCAACAGCAGCAACAACAGCAGCAGCAGCAACAGCAACAACAGCAGCAGCAGCAACAGCAGCAACAGCAGCAGCAACAGCAACAACAACAGCAGCAACAGCAACAACAGCAGCAACAGCAACAGCAACAACAACAACAACAACAACAACAACAACAGCAGCAACCACAACAACAAAGUAAACAACUUGUUCAAAAUCAGCUACUUAAACAAGAGUUCCAGCAGUUACAGCAUCAGCAUAUACAGCAACACCAAAAGCAAAUUCACCAACAUCAGCUUCAGGCUCAGCAGUUGCAGCAGCAGUUUCAUCAACAGCAACAGCAACAACAGGGUCGUGCUAGUGCAAAGGCAGCUCCUGAUGGAGUUGUUUCUGAUGAACAGUGGAUUGAUGGGCCACGUGUUCACAAGUCACGUGUUGCAGCUGCACAGAAGUUAAAAACCAACAAAUCAGAAACUUGGGUUGAUGGGCCUCAGGUAACACCAGCAGGAUAUGGUUUUAUGGAUGACCACAAGAAAACCAUGAUUGAGAGGUGGGUAGCAGUCCAGACAGCACAGGUUGUGCAGCAGCUAGAGCAACAGCAGACUGUACCAGCCCAAGUGCCAGCACAGACUUCAGCAACCCAGCAGCAGUUUACGCAUCUCACACAGUUCCGAACUUGUGAAGAAUCAACACUAGACAGUGACCAAGACACCCUAAGUGAAGAUCCUCCGUCUGGUCCUGGACGACCAACCGGACCUGAUGCCGCCUUGCCACCACAGCCGAAUCUGAUAGAGGAACUUGAGAGAAAGAAUCUCAUUCCUUCAGAAGAUCCUGAGGAAGAGAAGAGUGAAGACCUGAAGCCAACACCCAGUGAGAGUGAGUCCCCUGUAAAGGAAUCUCUGAUAGAGGAGAAAAGCAGUGAGCCACAGUGCUCCCCCGAUGAGGAGUCUGGGGCUGAAGAGCCUUCCAUUGAUGAUAUCUGUUCCCAAUGUGAAGCUUUGGCUGAAGAGUGUGAAGAACUGAGCUCACUUCUGUCAUGUGAGGAGGAAGAAUGUAAACGUCAAGCACAUCUUGGUCUUGCCACUGUACUAGAAGAACCUGAAUUAGAGGCAGCUGUAGCAGCUGAGGAAGCAGGUGGUUUACAGGGUGAAGGUGACGAGGAAGCUGGUCAAGAUGGAGAUGAUGUCAGUUCAACCCCAAGACGUGGCUGGGUCAGACGAUCCAUAGCGUCCUCAGGCACACAUCACUCCACAGAACUUAUUGAAGUCCAAGUUCCAGACUAUCCUAUAAUAACCGUUGACUGUAGUAUUCAAGUAUGUGAAGAAGAUAUUGUGCGAGCUCUCGCAGACACUCCCUGCCAGAGUGAGGUGAUGAGUGUUGAAACCAGUGAUGACCACCCUCUCAGAGUUCUGUCAGAAGAAAAUUUGACAUGUGCAUCCACAUUCACAGACUCGUACUCUCAGAUGGGUGAAACUGGGGAUGAGGAUGACUCUGAUGAGGAUGAUUCUCGGCCAUUUAGUUUGUUUGAAGUUACAGACUAUGGUAGAGUCUGUCAGGAUCUUAGUUUAGCUCUCCAAUCUGAUGUAGCUAACAGGAACCUGCAUGAGCUAGCAAAGAUUCAUGACUUGUACAGAACACUCGCUCGUCAAAGUCCUCGGGUUCACACAGGCGGACCAAAGUUGCAAGCUGCCACUCUUGCAGAAAUCCUUGCCAACAGCCGAGACUCAUUACUUGAGGAUCAGAAGCCACCCCUAGAAGAUGACAGUAUAUGCAGUGAACCUGUUCAGGCAGAAGGGAAAUUGUGUCAGCACUGUAACAAAAAGCGUCUUCGUCAUGGCGACAGCAUCCUGAAACUGGAGUCAGCCCUGAGGAGCAAGUCGCAGUGGCUAAGCCGACCUCUAGACACAUUUGAGGACUCAGCAAGUGAUAAAUGCAUUGGAACAGAUGACCUGGAUUUCCCAGAAGAUCACUGUACAUGUGAUGUACAAAGUGAUUUGGUACCAUACAUCCCUUCUAUGUUCUUCAAUUUUUCUUCCAUGCAAAGUCCCGAUGGUUCAUCAAACCCAAGCAUAAAUCAGCAUGUAUCUGAAACUAGUGUAAAUUUAAAGGAUGCACCAUUGGCUGAUUCCACAGAAAAGUUAGCAGACCGCGUUCCCAUAAAUGGCGUUUCUUUGCCAGAAUUUAUAGAAGAUGUCGAAGCUAAUGUUGUUCUUUGCAACCCAGUGCAAUAUGAUUACAGCAAAGAUGAAGAUGUUAUUGAUGUGAAUGAUGAGCGAACGGUUACUGGGAAAAGUGAUAAUGAAAGUGACUGUGUUAGUAACAUAAGUGAAGAUUCAGAAUAUAUGAUGCAGACUUCAAAACUUUCAAAAUUCCUCUGUGUAGGCGUUGGUAGAAGUAAAUCUAAAGCUCCUUAUAAGGUAGCAAAGCAAAAUAAUAAUAAGAUAGUUGAGAACAAGAAAAAUAUCUCAAAAAUCAAAGAUUCCAAAGUAAAAACCCCUGCUAAAAGUAGAGAAAAUUCUAAAUCUCCCGAUCGCAAUUCAAAAAACUUGAUAAAGUCUCCCUCACGAGUGGUCUCACAAAGUGCAGCUAAGCAAAGUGUUGGCAGGCGAGGGGAAACAGGAUCAGUACGCACACGUUGGGGUAAGUCAGCUCGUGUCGGGGCAAUUAAACCCCCAGCAGUAGGCAUGAGGGGAAAUUACCGCUACACGUGUACCCUGAUGUACCCCCCUGAUGCCCCCACACCCACGGAAGGAUACGACUCUGGUCAUGAUUCAGGUGCUGCAACUCAGGGGAGUGCAACUCCUCUAGAAAAUAGUGAGGCAUGGAGGACUGGUCAGAACCUACAGCCCCAGCACCACCAUCAGCACCACCAUCAGCAUCACCAGCACCACCAGCAUCACCAUCCAGCAGCAAAUAGUGGGUCCUUAGGCACCAACCCUUCCUUGGGUGAAUCCUCUGGAUAUGAGAGCAUCCCCCGAGACUCUGAGUGUUCCUCAUUUAGUUCCUCCCAGGAUUCUGAGAUGGAUGAAGAACAUAGACGAGAUGCUCAGGCCCAGUCUCAAGCUCUCCAGCAACAGCAGCCUCAGCCGAAGCCUCAGGCAACAGAUGAUUUAUCAAAAGUUCAAGUUGAGGAAUGGUCAGAGGAGGAUGUGAAGAGAUACGAAGGCCGCCCAAGAGCAGCAGACAUACCUCAGUUGAGGGCGUCGCGUCAGCAAAUUCUAUCUCUUAAAACUAUCCAGAGAGCCCUAAAAGCUGACUUAGCUCAGGCUAAAGGGAAUUUGAAUGUUCCUUCGGAUUCCUGGAGCUACGAACUACACAUAAAGGAGGACUCACCGAUGGAUCAUCGCACCUUUGUGGAAGCGCUUGCGAGGGAGACGGUUAUCUUGCAGAAGCGCGUUGCAGCCGCCCGGAGUCGUGUCCUUGUUGUUACAGCUUUUCUGCCUAGACAGCGACGUGAAACUCUGAUCAACUGACAUUGGGGGCUGUGGAAGCGCAACGUGUUUUAUUCCUGUGUUAUUUAACCAUCUCAAUUCAAACAUUUUCAAGUUGGUCUUGAUAUCUUUUGCAAUCCAAGAAAAUUUUCUUCAGGAAAUGUAUUUGAAUAUUUGUCCCUUUGCCAUUAGUGUAAUUUGCAUCUUAAAAUAUAUUUGUGUGAUUAUCUAUAAAAGCAAUUAUGAUUAUUGCAUUUAAUCUGUCCAGCUCAGGUCCUAGGUCUGUAUCUUUGUUCUGUACAUGUGCUAAGGAUCAAGGAAGAUAUUUACAAAAAAAAAAUUGGGAAAUAUAUAAAACUCCUGUAUUAUUCUAUGCCCAUGAUCUCAUUUGCAAUAAUAAUAAUAAUAAUAAUAAUUCUAUGAAAUGGGUUUCAGAUGAAAAUGAGAUUUUUGACUCGGUUUCCAGAUAAUAUUGCCUUCAAAGAAUUUUACUUAUCAGGCAUCAGCAAAUUCAUAACUGCCAAGCUGUGUAUAUCUAUAAAAGCAAGCUUCUAGCCUUGGACAUAUUGACAUGUGACUAUUUUGUAAUUAUAGACAGUUUGACUUUAUUUCAUGACAUUUAUCAAACAACUUUUUGUAUUCUUUUUACCAACAACACAGUCCCAAUUGAUGUACUUUGUGGCAAUAGUGAAGAAAACAACGCCAUAGGGUAAACAAUGUGAAAUUGAUCAUGGAUCACUUUUAUUCAGUGGAAAAUGGGGUUGCACUAUUUACAUUACCAUUAAUUUAGGCAAUUUAUUUUUGCCAUUGUAAACCUUAUUAAAUAGUUAGUCCUUAUUCCAUAUAAUAUAUAAUAUAAAUGGAUUUAGUGAUUCCAUUUUUCAAUUUAUUGGUGAUCUAUGAGCAAUUUGGUUAUUGUUUAGUCUAAGUCAAUAGCCUAGCUUCUUGGUGAAUGUGAUUCUUAUUGUAUAUUUGUGAGCAAUUGUUUCCUGCAUACAGGUGAUUAUGCAGGAUUAUCUCAGUUGCAUAAUGUGUGAUUUACUUGAAUCAAAUGCACAGAAUACACAGUAAUAUAUAUUGAAUGUACAUUGGUAGAUAGUUAAUUUACAUAGUGAGGUUUGUCCACAAACAGAAAUUACAGAGAGGUAUGUAUGAACUGUAUCUCUUUUCUAUAUUUAUAAAGGUGGUCUUUUGCCAGCAUAGUCAUGUAUUGUGUAAAAUAAAAAUGAUUGUUUAGUUA